AUCUUCUUCUUCAAUUACUUAACUACUCUCUAUACAAUUUAGAUCCAGUUUCUCACAAUAAGCAUGUGGAAGACUUUGUUUUGUCAAAAACCUCAGAAAUCCGAAAAGUGGGUUGAUAUAAUCCCUAAUCACAAGCCUCAUCGUAAAAACGACAGAUUUCGAGUCGUAUCUUACAACAUCCUUGCUCGUUGGAAGGCGUCGUCUCCCAUGUAUAGUUACUCUCCUCCAGAUUGUAUCCUGUGGGAUAACCGUUCGAAGGCGAUUCUUGAUAAUAUAAAGAGUUUUGAAGCUGAUUUCAUCUGUCUACAGGAAGUAGACGAAUACAUUAGUUUUUUCGAUAGAAACAUGGAGGCUCAUGGAUACACUGGAAUUUAUUUUCCAAGAGGAGAAGGCUAUAUUAGAGACGGCUGUGCAAUCUUUUUCAAGCCCAAAUUUGCAGAGUUGAUCACAUACAAUAUUGUAGACUACAACAAUCUUGCUGAAAGACGUUGCGUGGCGAGUACCAUACAUGGCGAUGCAGUUAGUAAACUAAAAUGUGAUUGCAUCGGAAUAUUAGCAGCUUUCAAGAUUUUAAAACCGUUUAAUCAUGUCGUUAUUAUUGCAACCACUCAUUUAAAAUCCGGGAAACCUGAUGAAUGGGAUGAUGUAAAGCUAGCUCAAGCCAAGUCUCUAAUGUUUGAAUUAGCCAUGUUCAAGAGGACGAUCUCGGCCGUAGAAAAUUGCAGUCCAUCGGUGAUCCUUGCUGGUGAUUUCAAUUCGAACCCCUCGAGUGAUGUAUAUGAAUACGUAAAUUCAGACAAUAUACCGGUGAUGUGGCCUUUGGGAGGCGAAGAAGAAGAAAAUGAAUUUGGACUAUGUAGUGCGUAUGGAUUCACGAAAGGAGAGCCAAAGUUCACAAAAUAUGUGCCAGGAUUUGCUGAAACACUCGAUUACGUGUUCUUCACGCCUUCUGAUUUUAUUUCACCUGUGAAGCUCUUGGAUUCACCCGACGUAUGCCGGAACUUCGAGUCGAUCAUCAGUUUCGGUGAUUCGAUUGCCGACACAGGAAACUUGCUCCGUCUCUCAGAUCGUUACGAUCUUCCUAUGAGCGCAUUUCCACCGUACGGAGAAACUUUCUUCCAUCACCCAACCGGUCGUUUCUCCGACGGCCGCCUCAUUAUUGACUUCAUCGCUGAACAUUUGGGGCUUCCUUAUGUACCUCCUUACUUCGGAUCUAUAGAUGGAAACUUUGAGAAAGGAGUGAAUUUUGCGGUAGCCUCAGCAACGGCAUUGGAAAGUUCUUUUCUAGAAGAGAGAGGAUACCAUUGUCCUCACAAUAUUAGUUUAGGAAUUCAGCUUAAGAUCUUCAAGGAGAGUUUACCAAAUCUAUGUGGUUUACCAUCAGAUUGUAGAGAAAUGAUUAGAAAUGCUUUGAUUCUCAUGGGAGAGAUUGGAGCGAAUGAUUAUAAUUUCCCACUCUUUGAACUCAGACCCUUAGACGAGGUCAAAGAGCUUGUUCCGUUGGUGAUUAGUAAUAUUUCUUCAGCGAUUACGGAUUUGAUUGGUAUGGGGGGAAGAACAUUUCUGGUGCCCGGCGGGUUCCCUCUCGGAUGCUCAGUAGCAUUUUUGACAUUAUACCAAACAUCAAACAUGGAAGAAUAUGAUCCUUUAACAGGAUGUUUGAAAUGGCUGAACAAGUUUGGAGAAUAUCACAGCGAGCAGCUUAAGGAAGAGCUCAAGAGACUCAGGCAGCUCAACCCUCAUGUCAACAUCAUAUAUGCUGACUACUACAAUGCUUCGUUGCGCCUUGGCCAAGAAACAACCAAAUACGGAUUCAUAAAUAGACACUUGUCAGCUUGUUGCGGUGUAGGAGGACCGUACAACUUCAACUUCAGUAGAAGUUGUGGGAGUGUAGGAGUGGAAUCUUGUAAUGAUCCUUCAAAGUAUGUGGCCUGGGAUGGCCUUCAUAUGACUCAGGCUGCACACAAAUCGAUGGCUGAUGGAUUACUCAACGGACCAUAUGCGAUUCCUCCUUUCAAUUGGUCAUGCCUCAGCUCAAAGAUUAAGAAGAAGGAAGUCAUUAGAAAUACAAUAUUCUUUGAUGAAUAGUUGACACAAGCUUGUCUUCAAAUCUAAGAGACAAGCGAAAUAAUGAGAAAAUCUUAUA